GAGAAGACGAAAUAAACUAUUAACCUUACAAAAUUGGAUGCGUAAACAAGUCGUUUAGUUUUAAACGCCAAAUAAUUUUAUUCAUUUUUGAAAUAAUUGAAAUUCUGUAAUAAUGGUGAGCAUAGGGUUUUCUUCUAUCGAGUUAAGUUCUUACCGAGACCAACAUUUUAAGGUAACACGUCUUCAGGUACAUUCGUUCCAUGAGAGGAAAGCGUUAAGUAUUCAACAUGGGGAGUAGAUCGGAACAUGACAAGAAAUUGCGCAACUCUUCAACCCUAUACGUGGGCAAUUUGUCUUUUUACACCACGGAAGAGCAAAUAUAUGAAUUAUUUGCGAAAUGUGGCGAAAUCCGGAGAAUCAUUAUGGGCUUAGACAAAUAUAAAAGGACUCCAUGUGGUUUCUGUUUUGUGGAAUAUUACAAAAGAGCUGAUGCUGAAAAUUGCUUAAGAUAUAUUAAUGGUACAAGGUUGGAUGAUAGAAUUGUGCGAACUGACUGGGAUGCUGGCUAUCUAAAAGGUCGGCAAUAUGGACGAGGCAAAACUGGAGGACAAGUAAGAGACGAAUAUAGGACAGACUACGAUAUGGGCAGAGGGGGAUAUGGAAAGCUCAUCCAACAGAAACUAGGUACAGAAGUUCCAACCUUUCUACGUUGACUACAUGUUUCUUUUCAUUUUGUUAUGUGUUUUGUUCUACCCAUUGAUACCUAUUGUCGUCGAAAAGUACUAAUAUAUUUUGAUACCAAAUGUACAGCUGAAUAAAACAAAUAAAUAUUGACUAUUUUGAUAAGUAA